AUGAAUGCACAUUCCCGCCAGGGUCUUUCUUACCCUAUCCGAAACCUGAGCGACCGGCACCUUCACGAUGAUACUGUUGCUCGAUGGAUGCCAUAUCUGUCAGCGAUAGCAUACGCUUUCGUAUCCUCUGUCUUCGUCUACUCCUUACUUGUAUAUCUUAAUAUUUUACCGUCGUUUAACUUAUCCAGACUAGCUUGGAAACUCAUAGUUAUGCUUUCUCCGGGUCCUAUUGUCUUCGCCCUCGAUAAAAAUCCGAACGAAGGAGGUGUUUCGAAGGAUAACAACCUAGCGCGUGAUAUCCCAAUGAAGGAACAGGCGUUGCGGAGAAUUUUGCGCUUGGAUAGAACAUCUUUCUUGUCUGGGCCGUCUGGGUAUCCGAAAACAGGGUCGAUCCAUUUACGUACAACGCGCCUAGCUCCUGCAGGACUAGGAAACUUCAAUAAUUCAUGCUACCAGAACAGCAUUAUUCAGGGAUUAGCGUCGCUUCGUCAGCUUGAUUAUUUUUUAAAAAACAACCUUCAAACCCUUGGGCACGUACAACAAAUGUCCACGCAUGUAUCUCUGAAAGAAACAAUAGCGCAGCUUAAUACCCUUUCAAAUGCCGGGCGCAAGCUAUGGCUUCCCAACGAACUCAAAUCGAUGAGUAGCUGGCAACAGCAAGACGCUCAAGAAUACUAUUCGAAGCUGGUGGAGCAGAUUGAUAAAGAAAUAAGCGAGGCGUCAAAAUCUCUGGUUACCGACGAUGGCUUUAAGCUCAGCCUAACGGCGCUUCAAAGAAACCCUUGUUCUUCUCCCGAUGAAAACCGCGUCUGUGAAAUAUUAAAACGAAUCGGAUUUGUGGACUUGGUCGGUCCUUUCGAUAACCCUCUAGAAGGGCUCAUGGCGCAGCGCGUCGGGUGCAUGACGUGUGGCUAUUGUGAAGGGCUUUCUCUAAUCCCAUUCACCUGUCUCACGGUUCCACUUGCCCAACAUAUUGAGUACGAUGUAAGAGACUGUUUAGAUGACUAUACCGCGCUAGAGCCAAUUGAGGGGGUAGAAUGCAUUAAAUGCACGGUUCUACGCGUCAAAGCGGGUCUGCUCGAAUUCCUCGACAAGUUAAGGUCUAAUGAUUGGUCACAACUUGAGCCAAGUGAUAAAGCGCAGAAGGAGGCUCUGAGCCAAAUGACAGAAUCCAGGUUAAAUGCAGUCCAGGAUGUCCUGCAAAAUGAAGAUUUCUCGGAGAAGGCUCUCUCAGAACAUUGCCGCCUCAACCCGAGGAAUCGUGUCUCUUCGACAAAGUCGAGGCAAUCGGUCAUUGCAAGGGCACCAAAAUCGCUCGCUAUUCAUAUCAAUCGCAGUGUGUUCGACGAGUUAACCGGGGUUCUCAGAAAGAAUUACGCCAAAGUUAUCUUCCCAGACAUUCUAGACCUAGACGAAUGGUGCUUAGGCAGUAAGCAAAUCGGUACAACGGAUGAUACUUUAACUGAAAACUGGGAAGCGGAUCCAACGAAAUCCAUGCUCUCUUCCCCUAGCGCAGCAUUUCAGUCUCUAAACAGAAAGUACGAGCUGCGUGCUGUCAUUACCCAUUAUGGACGGCAUGAUGAUGGGCACUACAUUUGUUAUAGGAAAUUUUCGACCGAGUUGCCUACAGAUUUAGUCUUAGCCGACAAUAGGCAGAGCAAGAUGGAAGGGGGAGAAGAGCAGUGGUUUGAACUGAGCGAUGCGGACGUUACCUCGGUCAGCAAAAACAUUGUCAUGGAACAAGGAGGCGCGUUCAUGCUUUUCUACGAACUAAUUGGUAAUGCCUCAGAAAAGCCUAUUGACGUUCCUUCUGAUCCCUCUUCCCAAAAUUUCACCGAAAGCUCCUGCGAAAGCCCAGUUGACGGGCCAGAUUGA